AUGAGUGCCAACUUGAUACCGGCGAACGUUUCAAACUAUCCCGGUAGCGAUCAAAUAGCCGAGCAGGAUGCUGCUGAACACGGGACUAUCUCUGGUGCAGGACCAGCGGCAGAAGCUGAGCCCAGCGAUAACACGUCCCCUCCAGUCACGGCGGCGGCAGCAGGGCCGGAGCGGCUGACAGUUCCCGAAGUACCUAGCGGCUUUGGGGCAGAUGGCAAAAUGCCGGGGAAUGCAACGCAGCUCACCGGCGAGCAGUGGACGGAAAUCAUCAACGUCAACAAGUUACUUUGUGGCUAUCAGAUACGAGAAGACGUACGAGAUAUCGUCCGGGCUCGGUAUCCUGCGUUCACUUUACAGCGCGAGCCUGGGGGCGUCCAUGGAUCGUGGCCCGAAAAAUCGCCUGGCAAGAUUCGACACGGUCAAGACCAGACGACUGAAGCAAGAUCUCGUGUUAGUCAGCGCGCUCGUGAAAAAUUGCCCGCGAAAACGCCUGUGACAGCAGCUGGCGAGCGCCCACCUGCUCAAGACAAAAAGAAUGAGGCAGAAGAGGAUCAUGGUGGUCCUCCCCUCUUUGUUAAAACGCGGUCAGGAAAAACUAUCGAGAUUAGUUUUAACUCAGUCAACACAGUGGGUGACGUGAAGUCAAAGAUCCAAGAAAGGGAAGGGGUCCAUCCCGAUAUACAGCGUCUGGUGUUUGCAGGCAGGCAGCUCCAGGACCACGAAAAGCUUUCAGACUACCAUAUUCAAAAGAAGGGCGUCUUGCACCUAGUACUAAGGAUGCCACCGAACUCGACAGAGAACCCAAAGCAAGGUGGAGAUCGUGUCCACUAUAUACCGGAGUAUGAAGUUCUAGAUGCAUCAUCUAUACAAAUCAAGGAGACAAACAGUGAAUUCCAACAGUCACUAGCUAUGAAUGGAUUCACUUCCAGAUGUAUAGAGGCUGGGUUGUCGAGCGGAGCUUACGGUGUCUCUGCGGACGUGUCGUCUAUAUGGCAACGGACAAAGUCAGACACAACUCAGGCUACGGCUAAGGGGGCGAAUAGGGAGAUUCAUGCGGUUUACAACUUUCCACGAGUACGAGUUUUAUUGGACGAGCAAGAUCUUGUCCUCUCAGAAAAGUGUCAAGCAGAGCUCCGGCGGAUAGUUGAGAAUCCGGCAUUCGAACUAGUUCAGCAAUUCUACCGGCGCUUUGGUCAUUUCUUCGUCAUUUCGGUUCAGCUUGGCGGCCAACAGCGAACUUCGCAGUAUGCACAGUCAACCUCUUCCACGCAAAGCAAACAACAGUUGGAUAAGCUCAGGACCGAGGUUGGGCUAAGCGUGAAUGCACAAUUUGCCUCAGCGUCAGCAAAAUAUGCCACUGAACGAAAAGUGUCCAAAGACGAAGCAGAACAGCUUUCAGCCGAUCUUGCCUUCUUGGGCCUCAGUGCCUGUGGUGGCAAUACGUUAAUCGGUGCCAAUAUACCCGAAUGGGCAAAUACCCUCGCAACGCACGAAGGGUGGAGAGUCAUUGAACAAGAGACUGUACAAUCGUUGCCGGAUUUGAUCGGGAAGGUCGCCAGUUGGGAGUUCGUUCCCCGCCUGUUCGCUGAGAUAGCAAAUACCCGCGGGUAUGGAGACAGGACGUGGACCGGCCGAAUCAAGCUUAUGCGGUAUACCUCAUCGGAAGAGGUCAAAGAUCGAGAUGAUUCAUCGACGGAGAGCUCGACUCAAAGUGGCCCUUCGAACUAUGGCUCAGCGAACAAGGACGAAGAAGAUCAACAUGAUUCAUCGGAGGAGAACCCAACUCAACGUCAACCAUCGAACCAGGGCUCAGCGAACCAGGACGAAGAAGAUCAACAUAAUUCAUUGACGCAGAACGAAAUUCAAUGGGAUCCAUUAAAAUGGGACGAAGUUGACGGUGGUGCAUUAGUUCUCCAGCCGAAAGCGAGCGAAAGGGAGGAAUUGUUAGUUCCAGAUCCAAUUUUCGUCGUACGAAACGCUACCAGAAGCGACAAUUCUGCCGAUGGACGACUCCUUGAGUUACGUGCGGACUGUCCUGUUCAUCUGUCGACCAACUAUAACUUGCAACGCGACAUGAAUCCUGACAACCAGCUCACUGGGAUCUUCGUGGCUGCCGACGGAACAAUAAAGGACGACACACAUGGGAGGUUUGUGUGCCGUUUUUCCUUUCGCAGGGUUGGUGAGAAAGGCACCUGGAAACCUCAGCUCCCAGGACAGGUCAUCAAAUCCGGAGAAAGCGUGAACCUCUACUGUCAUUCUGUCGGAUUGGGUCCCUAUUCGGACGUCAAUUCGCCGCCUGCUGAAGCUUCUCCAGUCUGUGUCACACCGAAUGGGAAGCUCUUCGUUCCUAUUCCCGGCUUCACGAAAUCGGCAGGGGUAAGAAAGCUCAUCCAGGACUAUGACUUGGGCAAACUCGGCAACGACGAUUACUACGCUGCUUUUGAAAAAAUGGGAUUUGUCUCCGACGCAUCGUGGCCACUUUCCCAGUUCGCGGUUACGUCCUCACCCGAAGAAGCCUGGUUUACCCCAGCAUCUACAACUACCUUCUGGGGCCGGGUCAAAUCAAGAUUUAAAAAGUCUCCCAGGGUGGACUACAAGAGUUUGCAGACACCAGAGUGGAAGGAUCGUGACCUAAAUUGGUCACACGUCCGCGAGCAAUACUGCAAGCCAGGAGAAUCGAAGGGCCACCACCAAGAUGGCUUGGCUGGACACGAGCCAGCCGUAUUCACCAUUCUAUUCGAGUGA